CCAACCUAAGUGAUAGUGAGGUACCAAUUUACUUACCAAAAUGUUUUAACACAAUAUAAAAAGCAUUACCACAUUUUACUAUUUUCUUACCAGCCAGUAACCAUCGUUUCACCUCUCUUCAAAACCCUUAACGCCGCAAACACUCUUUUUUUUUACCAUGGACCUCUUCGCCGCCGAACACGUCGCUCCAUUUCCCGACUCCGGUGACCUUCUCUUCGCCGCCGGCCUCCUCUCCACUCACCACAAUCCCCAAAAACUCCGCCCUAUCAGGUCCGUCCCUCCUCCUCCUGGUUACCUCGUUCACUCUCAGUCCCCUCCCAACCCUCACCCUCUAGAACCUUCCAACAAGUCUCAAGACCCGACCGAAUCCGGGUCGGGUCAUUCUCAGUUGCCUCCUGGCCUCGAACCCGGGUUAGUUCUUUUCUCACUAAGCUGUUCGUCUUUGGAUGAUGAUGAUGACGACGAUGCGGAAAAUUCAUCUGCAAGUACUAAAGAAUUUGGCUCCAGAAAGAAAAGGAAAAAGACGGCGAGAAAGCUUGAAGAUUUUGUAUCAAAUUUGGUGAAGACGGUGAUGGAAAAGCAAGAGCAGAUGCAUAACGAAUUGAUGGAAAUGAUAGAUAAGAAGGAAAAGGAAAGAAUACAAAGAGAAGAAGCUUGGAGGCGCGAGGAGAUGGAAAGAAUUAAGAAGGACGAAGAAGCUAGAGCGGCAGAAAGGGCUCGUAGCUUAGCCCUCAUAUCGUACAUUCAGAAACUAUUAGGUCAAGAAAUUCAGAUUCCUCAACCAGAAGAAGAAAGCCAGAAACUAUUAAGUCGUGCAAUUCAGAUCUAUCAGCCAGCUGAAGGAAGCGGAAAAAGAGAAGAGGGUGACGUUGCGCUGAGCAACAACAAAAGAGAUUUCAACGGCGAUCCGAGUAACAAUAGAUGGCCAGUUGUGGUGAACAACAACAAAAGAGAUUUCAACGGCGAACCGUGUAACAAUAGAUGGCCAGAUGCGGAAGUACAAGCGCUCAUAGCAGUAAGAACUGCAUUGGAAUACAAGUUCAGUCAUAUGGGAUCGAAAGGAUCAUCAAUAUGGGAGGAGAUAUCUGAUGCAAUGCGAGACAGGGGAUACAAUCGUUCUGCGAAGAAGUGUAAGGAGAAAUGGGAAAACAUCAACAAGUACUAUAAGAGGACAGUGGGAAGUGGCAGGAAACGGCCUCUAAAUAGUAAAACUUGUUCUUACUUCAAUGAAUUGGACAAUCUGUAUAGAAAUGGAUACUCCAACAGCCUUGGAGAUGCAUUAACCAUUACCAACAACGUUUCCAUUUCUGAAGAAAAGGAGCAGGGUGAAAUUUGAUAAUCAUAAAUAUGGCCUAUGUAACAUUUCACUACUCUCAUUAUCACUUAACUUUGUUUGGUUGUGCAGCGGUGUGUUGCCGCAGCCGCCCGUUUGAAGUCUCUUUUGCUGUGGAAAUGAGAAGCUAACAUUUGUAGCUUCAAAUUAACACACGUCUACAAAUGCGGCAAACGCAGAAGCAAACAGUUAGUCAUUUUUCUUUUGCAUUCACCUUAAUAAUGAACUUUUUUUUGACAAUAUACCAUCCUGAAUUACA